GCGAAGCAAUACAACACUAGUUAGUGAUUGGUGAACCUUAGUUUUGUGUGUCUGGAGUGUGGACAGUUUUCUAAAAAUUCUAUGAAUACGUUAAAUACCUACUACCUACAUUUCUUUGAUUUAAUUGUAUAGUAGAUUAUUGGGUGAAUAGACGCAUCCAUCAUGGAGCAGAUUCCACCACCUAAAGAGGUGAAGAUCCUCGAAACUGCCGAGGAUAUUCAGGAGCGCCGUGAACAGGUGCUUAACCGAUAUGAAGACUUCAAACAAGAGGCGCGCGCCAAACGAGAGAAGCUAGAAGAUUCCAGGCGUUUCCAGUACUUCAAGCGCGACGCUGACGAACUCGAGUCCUGGAUUCAAGAGAAGCUGCAGGCUGCCAGCGAUGAGAGCUACAAAGAUCCCACCAACUUACAGGCCAAGAUACAAAAGCACCAAGCCUUCGAAGCCGAGGUGGCCGCCCAUUCCAACGCCAUCGUGGUGCUCGACAACACCGGUACCGAGAUGAUAUCGUCCGGCCACUUCGAGUCCGAGACGAUCCGACGUCGCCUGGACGAGCUGCAUCGACUUUGGGAGCUGCUACUGUCACGGCUCGCCGAGAAGGGCAUGAAACUGCAACAGGCAUUGGUGCUCGUGCAAUUCUUGCGGCACUGCGACGAAGUCAUGUUCUGGAUACGCGACAAGGAAACAUUUGUGUGUGCCGAUGAGUUCGGUUCGGAUCUGGAACACGUGGAGGUGCUGCAGCGCAAGUUCGACGAGUUCCAGAAGGACAUGGCGGCGCAGGAGUACCGCGUCACCGAGGUCAAUCAGCUCGCCGAGCGACUUGUGCUCGAGGGUCACCCGGAGAGGGAGACCAUUGUUAAAACCAAGGACGAACUGAACGAAGCUUGGCAACGCCUACGUCAGAUGGCGCUGAUGCGCCAGGAGCGCCUGUUUGGCGCCCACGAGAUCCAGCGUUUCAACCGCGACGCCGACGAGACCAUCGCCUGGAUAUCCGAGAAGGACGUGGUGCUCGGAUCCGAUGAUUACGGACGCGACUUGGCCACCGUGCAGACAUUGCAGCGCAAGCACGAGGGCGUGGAGCGCGACCUGGCGGCGCUGGAGGACAAGGUGUCGACGCUCAACGGCGAAGCAGCACGGCUCGCCGCCAUACACGCCGACCACGCGCCCGCCAUACACUCCAAGCGGGACGAGAUCACGCAGGCCUGGCAGAAGCUCGUGCAGAAGGCCAAGGAGCGGCGGUCGGAGCUGGAGUCGUCGCACGCGCUGCACCGGUUCCUGGCCGACUACCGCGACCUCAUCUCGUGGAUCAGCGACAUCCGCACGCUCAUCGCCGCCGACGACCUCGCCAAGGACGUGCCCGGCGCCGAGGCGCUGCUCGAGCGCCACCAGGAGCACAAGGGCGAGAUGGAGGCGCGCGCGGACGUGGUGGCGGCGUGCGCGGCGGGCGGGCGCGCGCUGGUGGCGGGCGGGCACCGCGGCGCGGCCGACGUGGCGGCGGCGCUCGACGCGCUCGCGCGCGACCACGCCGCGCUGCACGCGCUCUGGGACCAGCGCCGCGUGCUCUACCUGCAGUGCAUGGACCUGCAGCUCUUCUACCGCGACACCGAGCAGGCCGACGCCUGGAUGCACAAGCAGGAGGCUUUCCUCGCAAACGAUGACGUAGGCGACUCCUUGGACUCUGUAGAGGCACUGUUGAAGAAACACGAGGACUUUGAGAAGUCCCUGGCGGCGCAGGAAGAGAAAAUAAAAGCACUGGACGAAUUCGCGUCGAAACUGAUCCAAGGACAGCAUUACGCCGCUGACGAUGUUGCACAGAGGAGGGAGAUGCUACUGGAGCGUCGCGCUGCUCUGCAAGAAAAAUCAAACCAGCGACGCGCGUUACUUGAAGACGCCUACAAGUAUCAGCAGUUUGAACGCGACUGCGACGAAACCAAGGGGUGGAUAAACGAGAAACUGAAGUUUGCAACCGACGAGUCGUACCUCGACCCAACGAAUCUAAACGGCAAAGUGCAGAAGCACCAGAACUUCGAACAGGAGCUGCAGGCGAACAAGCCGCGCGUCGACGAGAUCACCACCGUCGGCAACCGACUGCUAGAACAGGAGCAUUUUGCCAAGCCUCAAAUCGAAUCUCGCCUUGGCGAGCUAGCUGGUUUAUGGGAGAAGCUGGUACAGGCUUCCGAGCUCAAGGGCAGUAAGCUUCAAGAGGCAUCUCAACAGCAACAGUUCAACCGUGCUGUUGAAGACAUUGAGCUCUGGCUCUCUGAAGUUGAAGGGCAGCUGCUCAGUGAAGAUUAUGGAAAAGACCUGACGAGCGUACAGAACCUGCAGAAGAAGCACGCACUGCUUGAGGCGGACGUGGGCUCGCACGCCGAGCGCAUCGACGCCGUGCGCGGCCAGGCCGAGCUGUUCGUCGAGCGCGGCCAUUUCGAUGCAGACAACAUACGCGCCAAGCGGGAUGCGCUGGUGGGUCGCUACUCAGCGCUGGACAAGCCGAUGGCGGUGCGCAAGCGGCGGCUGCUGGACUCGCUGCAGGCGCAGCAGCUGUUCCGCGACCUGGACGACGAGGCUGCCUGGAUCAGGGAGAAGGAGCCCAUCAUCGCCUCCACCAACAGGGGGCGCGACCUGAUCGGCGUGCAGAACCUGAUGAAGAAGCACCAGGCGGUGAUGGGCGAGAUGGCGCAGCACGAGGCGCGCGUGGAGGCGGUGCGCGCGGCGGGGGCCGCCCUGCGCGACGCGGGACACUUCGCGGCCGACGACAUCGCCGCGCGCCUGCACGCCCUGCACCACCAGUGGGCGCAGCUGCAGGACAAGGCGCUGCAGCGCAAACAAGACCUCGAGGAUUCGCUCCAAGCUCAGCAGUACUUCGCGGACGCGAACGAAGCCGAGUCGUGGAUGCGCGAAAAGGAACCAAUGGCGAACACCCAGGACUACGGCAAGGACGAAGACUCCUCUGAAGCUCUGCUCAAGAAGCACGAAGCGCUGCUCUCGGACUUGGAAGCCUUCGAGAACACUAUUAAAUCCCUAAGGGAACAGGCUAAUGCUUGCCGGCAACAAGAGUCGCCGGUGGUGGACGUGUCGGGCAAGGAGUGCGUGGUGGCGCUGUACGACUACGCGGAGAAGUCGCCGCGGGAGGUCUCCAUGAAGCGCGGCGACGUGCUCACGCUGCUCAACUCCAACAACAAGGACUGGUGGAAAGUGGAGGUGAACGAUCGUCAAGGUUUCGUACCGGCAGCAUACGUGAAAAAGAUUGACGCUGGCCUCUCAUCUUCCCAGCAGAAUCUGGUCGACUCCAGCUCUAUUGCGGCCAGGCAAAACCAGAUUGAGUCUCAAUAUGAUAACCUGUUGGGUCUGGCCCGCGAGCGCCAGAACAAACUCAACGAGACCGUUAAGGCGUAUGUACUGGUGCGCGAGGCUGCCGAGCUCGCCACAUGGAUCAAAGAUAAGGAAAUGCACGCGCAAGUGCAGGACGUGGGUGAAGACUUGGAACAGGUGGAGGUGAUGCAGAAGAAGUUCGACGACUUCCAGAACGACCUGCGCGCCAAUGAGGUGCGCCUCGCCGAGAUGAACGAAAUCGCCGUGCAGCUGAUGACCGUCGGACAAACGGAGGCCGCGCUGAAGAUCAAAACACAGAUGCAGGAGCUGAACUCGAAGUGGACGUCGCUGCAGCAGCUCACCGCCGAGCGCGCGGCGCAGCUGGGCAGCGCGCACGAGGUGCAGCGCUUCCACCGCGACGUGGACGAGACCAAGGACUGGAUCGCGGAGAAGGAGGCCGCCCUCGCCACCGACGACCUCGGCCGCGACCUGCGCUCCGUGCAGACGCUGCAGCGUAAGCAUGAAGGUCUGGAGCGCGACCUGGCGGCGCUGGGCGACAAGAUCCGCCAGCUGGACGAGACCGCGAAUAGGCUGAUGUCGACCCACGGCGACUCGGCGGACGCCACGUACAGCAAGCAGCGCGAGAUCAACGAGGCUUGGCAGCAGCUGCAGGCGCGGGCCAACGCCCGCAAGGAGAAGCUGCUCGACUCGUACGACCUGCAGAGGUUCCUGUCGGACUAUCGUGAUCUGAUGGCGUGGAUCAACUCGAUGAUGGCGCUGGUGAGCUCCGACGAGCUCGCCAACGACGUCACCGGCGCCGAGGCGCUGCUCGAGAGGCACCAGAACCAGCGCUUGGAGAUAGACGCGCGGUACGGCAUAAUGCCGCAGGAGCACCGCACGGAGAUGGACGCGCGCGCGGGCACGUUCCAAGCGCUGGAGCUGUUCGGGCAGCAGCUGCUGCAGGGCGGACACUACGCCAGCGUCGACAUACAGGAGAAGCUCAACAACAUGGGCGACGCGCGCCAGGAACUGGAAAAGGCGUGGGUGGCGCGGCGGCUCAAGUUGGACCAGAACUUGGAACUGCAGCUGUUCUACCGCGACUGCGAGCAGGCGGAGGGCUGGAUGGGCGCGCGCGAGGCGUUCCUGGCGCCCGUGGACCACGCCGACAACGCCGCCGAGCCGCACGCCUCCGACAACGUCGAGCAGCUCAUCAAGAAGCACGAGGACUUCGACAAGGCCAUCAACGCGCACGAGGAGAAGAUCGCCCAGCUGCAGACGCUGGCUGACCAGCUGAUCGCGGCGGAGCACUACGCGGCCUCGCCCAUUGACAGCAAGCGGAGCCAGGUGCUCGACCGCUGGCGGCACCUCAAGGAGGCGCUCAUUGAGAAGAGAUCCAGGUUGGGAGAUGAACAAACACUGCAACAGUUCUCGCGCGAUGCUGACGAGAUGGAGAACUGGAUCGCGGAGAAACUGCAGUUAGCCACUGAGGAGAGCUACAAAGACCCGGCGAACAUCCAGUCGAAGCACCAGAAGCACCAGGCGUUCGAGGCGGAGCUGGCGGCCAACGCGGAGCGCAUCCAGUCCGUGCUGGCCAUGGGCGGCAACCUCGUGCAGCGCGGACAGUGCAGCGGCUCCGAGGACGCUGUGCAGGCUCGUUUAGCUUCCAUUGCGGACCAAUGGGAAUUCCUAACGCAAAAGACGACCGAAAAAUCGCUAAAAUUAAAGGAAGCCAACAAGCAGCGCACAUACAUCGCCGCCGUCAAGGAUCUCGACUUCUGGCUUGGAGAGGUGGAGAGUUUAUUGACAUCGGAGGACUCUGGAAAGGAUCUCGCGUCGGUACAGAAUCUUAUGAAGAAACAUCAGCUGGUCGAGGCCGACAUUCAGGCGCACGAGGAUAGAAUCAAAGACAUGAACGCGCAGGCGGACGCGCUGGUGUCGAGCGGGCAGUUCGACAGCGCCGGCAUCGGCGCGCGCCGCGCCGCCAUCAACGAGCGCUUCGAGCGGGUGGCCGCGCUCGCCGCGCACCGCCGCGCGCGCCUGCACGAGGCCAACACGCUGCACCAGUUCUUCCGCGACAUCGCCGACGAGGAGUCCUGGAUCAAGGAGAAGAAACUACUGGUCGCUUCGGAUGACUACGGGCGUGAUCUGACCGGCGUGCAGAACCUGCUGAAGAAGCAUAAGCGACUAGAGGCGGAGCUGGCGAGUCACGAACCAGCGAUCCAGGCCGUGCAGGAGGCGGGCGAAAAGCUUAUGGACGUGUCCAACCUGGGCGUGCCCGAGAUCGAGCAGAGGCUGCGCGCGCUGGCGCAGGCCUGGGCCGAGCUGCAGGCGCUGGCCGCCGAGCGCGGCGCCAAGCUGCAGCAGUCGCUCGCCUACCAGCAGUUCCUCGCCAAGGUCGACGAGGAGGAGGCCUGGAUAAGCGAGAAGCAGCAGCUGGUGGUAGUGGGCGAGUGCGGCGACAGCAUGGCGGCGGUGCAGGGGCUCCUGAAGAAGCACGAGGCGCUGGAGGCGGAGCUGGCGGCGCGCGGGGAGCGCGUGCGCGAGCUGGCGGCCGAGGCCGAGCGCCUCGUCGCCGGCGGCAACCUGCACGCCGACGCACUACCGUGCGCGCGCUCCAGGAGCAAGUUGGACAAGUUAACGGGACUGGCGGCGCGACGUAAGGCAGCGCUGGUGGACAACUCGGCAUACCUGCAACUGCUGUGGAAGGCGGACGUGGUGGAGUCCUGGAUCGCCGACAAGGAGACGCACGUGCGUUCCGACGAGUUCGGCCGCGAUCUGUCCACCGUGCAGACGCUGCUCACCAAGCAGGAGACCUUCGACGCCGGCCUGACGGCGUUCGAGCACGAGGGCAUCCAGAACAUCACGUCGCUGAAGGAGCAGCUGGUGGCCGCGAGCCACGAGCAGACGCCGGCCAUCGUGAAGCGGCACGCGGACGUCAUCGCGCGCUGGCAGCGCCUGCUCGCAGACUCGGACGCGCGCAAGAAGCGCCUGCUGCAGCUGCAGGACCAGUUCCGCCAGAUCGAGGAGCUCUACCUCACAUUCGCUAAGAAGGCUUCAGCAUUCAACUCGUGGUUCGAGAACGCGGAGGAGGACCUCACGGACCCAGUGCGCUGCAACUCCAUCGAGGAGAUCCGCGCCCUCAAAGAUGCGCACGCGCAGUUCCAGGCAUCGCUGUCGUCAGCGCAAAGCGAUUUCGAAGCGCUCGCAGCGCUCGACGAGCAGAUCAAGUCGUUCAACGUGGGCGCCAACCCUUACACCUGGUUCACCAUGGAAGCGCUCGAGGAGACCUGGCGCAAUCUGCGCAAAAUUAUAGCGGAACGUGACGUCGAGCUGACCAAGGAAGCUCACAGGCAGGAGGAGAACGACAAGCUGCGCAAGGAGUUCGCCAAGCACGCGAACGCGUUCCACCAGUGGCUGACGGAGACGCGCACGUCGAUGAUGGAGGGCACCGGUUCGCUGGAGCAGCAGCUGGCCACGCUGCGGCAGCGCGCCGGCGAGGUCCGCGCCAGGAGAGCCGAUUUGAGACGCCUCGAAGAAUUGGGCGCCGCACUAGAGGAACACCUAAUCUUGGACAACCGCUACACGGAGCACAGCACGGUGGGACUGGCGCAGCAGUGGGACCAGCUCGACCAGCUGUCCAUGCGCAUGCAGCACAACCUCGAGCAGCAAAUACAGGCCAGGAACCAUUCCGGCGUGAGCGAGGACGCGCUGAAGGAGUUCUCUAUGAUGUUCAAACACUUCGACAAGGACCGUUCUGGGCGGCUCAACCAUCACGAGUUCAAGUCGUGCCUGCGCGCGCUCGGCUACGAUCUGCCCAUGGUGGAGGAGGGACAGCCCGACCCCGAGUUCGAGGCUAUACUCAACGUGGUGGACCCGAAUCGCGACGGCCAAGUGUCGCUGCAGGAGUACAUGGCGUUCAUGAUCAGCAAGGAGACGGAGAACGUGCAGUCCUCCGAGGAAAUCGAGAACGCCUUCCGAGCCAUCACCGCGCACCAGGACCGCGCAUACGUCACCAAGGAUGAGCUCUAUGCUAACCUCACCAAGGAGAUGGCGGACUACUGCGUGGCGCGCAUGAAGCCAUACGUGGACCCGAAGACCGAGCGACCGAUUCCGAACGCGCUCGACUAUAUCGACUUCACUCGCACGCUCUUCCAGAACUAAUCAUUCACUAAUGCCCGCGCAGUACCUACACUAUUAUAACAUAUUAAACUAACGCAAAACACUCAAGUUUUUCAUUCGUUGUGCACCCUAUAUUGUAUAUCUAUGAUCGCCUUACUAUAAGUAUUGCGUAUCAGAAAGAUAAAAGUAUUUCAAAUUUUUUCUUGUCGGUUUUAGUCUAAAACAAUUUUCUUGCCACUGCACUGUUUUCUACUGCUGAAUAUGAUGCCUUUCUGCAAAGUUGGCUGUAACAAAUGUAUUAGAAUGCAAAAGAAUCAUAGUGCAUGUAUUCCAGGGUUACUGUUCGGGCAAAGUUCAUAAUGCUUUCCUGUCUGCUUCUUAUUAUAUCGAGAAUAUUAGAAUAUUCAAAAAAUAUAAGAUUAAUGUGCAUUUCAAAUAAAUUAUUCGUAUAUUAAAUUACAGAUAUUCGACUAGAAAUAUAUUUAUUGUUUUGGAAGAAUGCGAGACACGUCUUCAAUACGAAAACGUAGAAGCAUGCUUUCGAUGAUAUUUUAAACACAAAUUUGCCCACGGGUAAAUUUAUACGGGUAUGCAUUCCUUCUCUCUGAGUAGCAGAGAGAUAAGAAGCUGCCCAUUCUUGGAUACGAAAAACUUAUUAAUUUUGGUACUGUGAACCCAGUGGAAAUGGUAUUACAAAUUAGUCUGUCGUUUUUAGCUACGCGUUUCAUUCGUUGAGCCUAUUUAUUGUAUUAUUAGAUAAUAAUGACAUAUUUCUUACUUAUGUAAGUUUGCCCACGCUAAUAUUAUAUUUAUUUUUGUAUUCCUUACAAUCUUUUCAAUAAAUAUUCAUUUAAUAUUA